AAAGGAUUCCGAAAAUAAUUGUUCGCAACUUACAUAUGUAUCGGUUCUGGCCGAAACUGUUACGGAGAACCGAAAAAAUGUUGUAACUGUUAUUAGAUACACAUACGUAUUGGUUCUAACUUACAUCGGUUUCGGUUCUUCAGAACCAAUAUUGUAUCGAUUCUAUAAUUGUUAUUUUUCAGUUUUAUAUUUCGGUUCUGCUGUUUGCAAACGUCCUUAAGUUCAUUAAAUGAAACACAUGCAAUUCAUUAGUAAAUAAUACACUUAAUUUCAUUUCAUUUUAUCUUUAUAAUUUAUUUUUAGUGGAUGAUUAUGAAUAUUCAUCAUCGGAUGCGUUAGAAAAUCAUUUUCACGAUACCGAACAAGAGGUGCAAAACAGUCGGGAUGACUGCGAUUACAGAUCGUCCACCCCUGAUAGACCAAACCCGGAUUCGGCAUUCGAUAUUAUUUCUGGUCAAUCGAGUCCACUCGCUCGGGAUACCGUUGAUUUUAUCAUUUCGUUGAGCCAGAAGGUCAAGACGGGAGCGAAUGCGACGAACGAUGACGAUGGGUCACGAGAGUGGAGCAGCGAAGAGGAACCAAAGUCAAAGAAUCAGAGCCGUGCACCAUCCAGAAGUUUGGGAGAGAACUACCUCGAAGAUAAUCGGAACGAGAGCGAAUUGAGCACCUCCGACGAAACCGGAAAAACGGAUGAGCCGCUGGAAGACGUACAAGAGAGAACCAUUAUAUCUUUUCUACCUGCGGGCGAGGACUUGCAAACGCCUGGCGAUAUGUCAAAUUCAGAUUUCGAGAAUACGGAGACGAUGUUGCCUUCGAAAAGAUCUGCUGGUUCGAGAAGAUCGAGCCGUUCGGCGAGUAGAAAUUCCGUCGAUUUUGAGACGAUGAAAUCUCCAAGACACAGUUCACGAAGUAGCUCGAGAAAAUUGAGCUUUGAGAUAGCAGCAAUUGACAAUAAGGAGUCCGACGAUUCUAGCGAAGAUAGAGUUGUUUCUUCUAUGCAAGUGCAAUGCGACAUUGAGAAGGUAACAUUUAGGUCUCGCAGGGAAUCGCUAGUAGAAGAGUCGCCCGCUAUAAUCAUCGCCUCCAGACCUCAUUCUUCCACCGAGGAUUCUGAUUGUAUUGAAAAUCACGAGGAAUCUACCAGUCAACCAACAGAGAACGAUAAUCCUCUAAGGUUCGUUAACCAGUCUACUGAAAAUAUCAGUUCAGAAGGACAAAACAAAGAUAGUUCCAGUGAGACGAACACGGAACCAGGAAUUUUGAAAAUUGAGCCUCAACCUACCGAACCGAUCGCUACCACCAAACGGAAACCUUCGAGAGUUCCUCGCGUUAUAGGUAGAUCUCGAAGCCGAGGAAAAGUAGAAAAAACUGAGAAGCUGAAACCCAUAGUACAACAAUGUUUUGCUCAACUUGAAGACAAAGACUGGGAGAUUACUGUGAAAGGGCUAAAAACGUUGAUGCAGAUUGCAAAACAACAAUCAGAAUAUUUAGACACGUACGCCGCGGGAAUAAUAUGCCGCCAUUUAGGUCGACUGAUAAAAAGUCUCCGAUCGCAGGUAGCGCGAACCGCCUGUCUUGCCGCCGGCGACAUUUUCGCUUCUCAAAUUCGUGGCAUAGACCAGGAUUUCGACGAUAUAGCCGCACCUCUGCUGCACAGAACGGCAGACACGAAUCGAUUCCUACGAGCGGAUUGUAACGCGGCCUUGGAUCGAAUGAUCGAACACCUUCCGCCUUUCAAAACAAUUACCAUCAUCGUACAACGUGGUGCUAGUCAUCAGAAUGCAAUAGUGAGAGCAGCUACAGCCAGAUUAUUAGCUUCUGUGGUCGAUCGAAUAGGACCAGAGCAGACUUUGAGUUUGCCAAGGGACGUCAGAGACAAGUUACUUUUUACCGGGGCGAAAUUAUUGAUGGAUGGAAAUUUGGACGCUAGGUAAAA